GAUGUGUGCCUGGGAAACUAAUGCCAGUCCUCCCUCAGCACCAAUCCUGGAGAGCCACAUGGGUGCGAGCCGGCAAUAAAAGACAGUGCACAGCAGGCUGCAUUCCCAUAGUCACUGGAGGAAGAGGGAGGUUCUGGCUUCUCACCCUAAGCUGCACGGACAGUCUGCGCACUGUGGAGUGACCUGUGUGCCUCGCCCUACCGGAAGGAUGGUGGGCUCUGACUUCCUGUGGCUGGCCUUGGCCUCUUGCUUUCUGGUCUUGGCACUGACCAUACAGCAAGGUUACACAAGCACCAGAGAAGCCACUUUCAAUAGGCAAGACCUGGCCUGCGGAGCCCCUGGCACCCCAGAGGCCGACAUCUGUUGGGACCCUUGCCAAAAUCACACCAUCCUGGACCAGCCCUCCCGAAGCACAGAGCACGAAGAUGCGGGUGACAAGGUCUGCGAUUCGAACUUGUCCGGCUGGUACCGCUUCGUGGGUGAAGGAGGAACGCAGAUGUCUGAGAGCUGCAUCCCAGUGUACCGGUGCCAGACAGAGUCUCCCAUGUGGCUCAACGGGACCCACCCCUUCCUUGGGGACGGGAUCGUCCAGCGCACCGCUUGUGCCCACUGGAGUGAAAGCUGCUGUCUCUGGAGCACCAACGUGCUGGUGAAGGCCUGCCCUGGUGGGUACCACGUGUACAGGCUGGAGUCCACCCCGGCGUGCAAUCUGAGAUACUGUACAGACCCUUCCACUGCACAGAAGAGGUGUGAGGACACCUGCCGCCCCGAGGAGGAGUGCCGUAUGGAAGACGGUGUCUGGGGCUGUUUCUGCAGACAGAACCUCAAUAGCUCUGAUGUUCACAAUUUGCAGCCUCAGCUGGACUGUGGAGCCAAUGAGAUCAAGAUGAAGCUGGACAAAUGCUUGCUGGGAAGCCUGGGAUUUGGGGAGGAGGUGUUAGCCUACUUGAGUGACCGGACCUGCAGCAGCAUCCUGCAAAGAGAGGAAGGCAACUGGAUAUCUGUGACCAGCCCUGUCCAGGCUAGUGCCUGUGGGAACAUUCUGGAGAAAAAUGGAACCCAUGCCAUCUACAAAAACACCCUCUCCUUGGCCACCGACUUCAUCAUCAGAGACACGCUCAUCACCAUCAACUUCCAGUGUGCCUACCCACUGGACAUGAAGGUCAGCCUCCAAACUGCACUUCAGCCCAUUGUCAGUUCUCUGAACAUCAGCGUGGGUGGGUAUGGAGAAUUCACAGUCAGAAUGGCCCUCUUCCAAGACCAGAGCUACACAAAUCCUUAUGAAGGGGAUACAGUUGUGCUGCCAGUGAAAUCCAUGCUCUAUGUGGGCGCCAUCUUGGAGAGAGGAGACUCCUCCCGGUUUAAUCUGUUGUUAAGGAAUUGCUACGCCACCCCCUCUGUAGACAAGGAUGACCCUGUGAAGUACUUCAUCAUCAGAAACAGCUGCCCGAAUCAACGCGAUUCCACUAUCUCUGUGGAGGAGAACGGGGUGUCUUCACAGAGCCGGUUCUCAGUUCAGAUGUUCAUGUUUGCUGGAAAUUAUGACCUAGUUUUCCUGCAUUGUGAGAUUCACCUCUGUGACUCCCUUAAUGAACAAUGCCAACCGUCUUGCUCAAGUAAUCAACUCCGUAGUCAACUGGACCUUGACCUAGACCAGGUUUUAGAUUUGGGACCCAUCACUCGGAGGGGUGCCCAGGCUCUUGGUGUCAUAAGUGGAACUCCCCAAACUGCAGGGUUCCUGGUGGUCUGGCCCAUGUACCUCCUGCCUGUCCUCCUGGCACGGCUGUUCUAAGAGCCCUGUUGAGUGUCUGGCCUUGAAGUCCAAGUUCUUCACCCUGACAGUGCCUCCCAUUCUGAGGGAAGAGCUUGCCCCUCCUUUACCACCCCUAUGCCUUUGUACUCCUCUUUUCCUCAUGGUGGGGGUCCGGUCAGCCUGUCCUGGGAUGACUUUCUCAUUUUCUUAUUCACUUGUGGGAGUUUGAAAGCAAAUUUGCUAGGUGCCUCUGUGGCCACAUUCUUCACCAGAAUGGUACGUUGAUAACUCCAGUCAGCAGGCGUCCUGUCCCUGGGUGGAGGCUCCUCCACGAGUCCUCCCCAAGCGCCUCCUGCCUUACUGUGGAUGAGUUGAAUGGACCACCCUUGCAAUCUCUCUGUCUCCUUCAAUGUGUUUCCAUUCUGGUCGCAGCAGUCACUGUGGGAACAUGGGGGCCACUUAGGGAGUUUCCCGUUGGGAAUGGUCUUGCUCCUCCUCUGUCCCCCACCCCACCACAGUGACUUGCUUAGCACAACACAGAUUCUUACCCCUGGGACUCAGACAUUGGAGGGACUCCUGACUUUGAGGCAGAGGCCCGUCACCCCCAGAAAACACCUCUUGCUGUUACACUCGUGGCACACCUGCUGUGGAGGGUGAAAGCAGGGAAUCCCAGCAGAAAAUGGUACACUCAUCCUGCUGUGAGAUCAUAGCAGAAGAAACCGGGGCAUAAGCAGAUGUCCCUCCUGAAGAGCUUUGGUGAAGAUUCCUCAAAGAUAUCAACAGAGAAAGCUUCCCCUUCCACAACUACACGAUGGGCCUCUGCGAGCUGGCCUCAGGGAAAGCCAGGAGUCAGGGUGAGACCUCUGUGUCUGCUGGGAGGAGAGUUUCCAGUGCUCUGUCUUAUCCAGAGAGGGUGUGAUUGCAAGAAACAGAAAACCAUUGCAACUCAGGAAAAAGAGGAAUCAACUCUAAGGAUGUAAAAGCACAAGUCC